AUGAAUAUGGGGACAUCUGUUCGACGGAACCUCUUUCACCAGAACCUGAGCCGUCGCCCUGCAUCUGCAGGACCUCCCAAUGGGGCCGUUCAAUCGGGGAAUAAUGGCCUCUCCAACCGCCCCUCGAACAGGCUGAAGCCAACCGUGUCCGACUCCUCUACUCGAAGCACAAAGUUAGCAGAGAACAAGGAGAUUGUGGUGCGUGACAAGAAUGGAGGCUAUAAGCUUGACAUGCCUGCUUUACCGAGCAGAGGCGUUGGUGAUAACGGGGAAGAGCUGGAUGAGCUUGAGACUGGCGAAACAAGCUUUGAGUCAUUGGAGAUGGAACGGGAGAAAGAGAGUAAGCUCGCUCGUUGCAAUAGUGCCUAUUGGCUGUCAACUGAUCGUUGUUUAGAUUACGAAGCCGCGCUGGUCGAGAUGAUGAUACGACAUCGCAACAGACAGUCGAGCGGUGAGCCUGAUGAAAUUCUCAAUAUUGUUCAUCAAAGUUUGCUCAAAAAGGCCAGUUCCUUGGACGACGACAACUGGAUGUUCGAGCCAGAAUCUCUGACGCGAGUCUAG